CGACCUCGUGGCGGCAACCUGGCACUCGUUUCCACUACGUAGUCGCUUCGGUUCCUGCUGGCUGUGCCGACGAGGAACAGGAUGUCCGACAUAACCGGUGUGUCGAAAUGGCGAUCUCUGAUUCCCGGGGAGUCCCCGUGACCGUUUUGCGAGAGGCGCUCGACGCGUCUUGAGGAAUCGUUCAAAUUCGUCGACGGAAGUAGGACGCUCCUUUCCGGGAUCCGGAGCGCCGAAAUUCCGCCGAUUUUCCCGCUGGGAGUUGCGACGAGGCAAUUUGCGGUCGAAAAGAGGCGAACUUGCAUCCUCGUUCCAAUUUGCAGUUCUUGGAACUCCAUUGACGUGAUUGCGUCGGCAAUUUGGCUCGGGGGCAGGACAGAAUUUCGGAAUUCGACGUCAGUGUUUGGGUUCAGGGUUUUCGUCGAAUGUUCGAUUCGAGAGCAACAGACGAGAGUGAGACGGUCUUUCAGUCGCAAUGGAUUUAGCCUGUAGGCGGUGAGAGUUGCCGAAGAGAGAACUUUGACGACGGGAGGUGCGAGGGAGGAGACGAGCGUGGAGACGAGCGAAGGAGCUGAAUUGUGACGGCUCUGAAAUGGUGGAAGGUCCCGGUGUUCACCGUGUGGCCAUUGCCCAUAGACGGGUGCUUCUUGGGCGGGCUUUUGUCUGUACAUCACCAAGCGGCAGAUUUGCAGAAGGUGCAGAAAACAUCAAUGGAAUGUAUUUGUCUUUGAUCGAAGCCCAUGGAAAGAAUAUUUUUUACGUACGUUCUUCACAAAUCAUCGAUUAGAAAAUGCGGCGUUGGAAAAACUUCCAGAAGACGUCAUCGUGGUCCAUAUUCACUUCGGAAUGUCAGGGUCUUUUCGUACCUUCAAGUUUCCAGGACCAGAACCGAGGGAAAAAACCCGUUUGAGACUGGAGAACGAAGCAGAAGACGUAGUGGCCCACUUGAGUUCCUCAGUGUGCGUUCAUGGUGGAAUGGAACUAUACAGAAAGAGGCUUACAGAACUGGGACCCGAUCCUCUGCGAGACGAUGCAGACAAGGAGAUAGCCUGGAACAAGAUGCAAAAAACUAAGAAAUCAAUUGGUGCUUUUCUUAUGGAUCAAUCCAUGAUUGCCGGCAUUGGCAACAUAUACAGAGCCGAGAUUCUUUUUGUAUGUGGAGUCCACCCUAAUCAGCGGUCUUCUUCUAUCAGUCGCUCAACCUUCGAAGACAUAUGGAACCAAAGUACGAGGCUACUACAUGUCGGUGUUAUCGCAGGAUCUAUCAUCACUGUGUCGCCAGAGGAAGCAGGGAAACCAUUUUCGAAACUGAAAUCUGGAGAGAGGCGCUACGUUUACAAUCACAAAUCUUGUAGAAGGUGUGGGGGGCCAGUAAUAAAUUGGACAAUAGCUGCCAGAACUUGUUAUGCUUGUGAUGCAUGUCAACCUCUCAUAGAUGGCGUUGAACCACGGAGAAAGACAUUUGUAGACGCUGUUAGAAGCAAGGGACACGAGGAAGAGGACGACGGACCAGCUGAUACUGAUACAUUGAACGAGAGCCCUGUAAAGCAUGGAGAUGAAUCUGUUCCUAAACGCUUUGAGAAUAAGAAGGCACCUGCGAAGAAAGCGAAGACAUCUACAAUAGCUUUCAGGAAGAGGAAGGUAAUGGAUGGAAAAAUAGUGGAGCACCAAGCUUUGAAAGAUAUCCCUACUGGUGGUCUAGUUGACUUCCCAGGGAGCUUGGACGACUUGAUCUGGCCAAGUGCUGAUCCUGCAUCGUUGAAAGGAAGUCCUUUUAUAAACAAGUCAGCUGAGGCUUUUUCUUUCAUGAGACUACCACGUUCAGUUGCUGCUCAGUAUGGACGAGUUAAUCAGCGGAAGACAGUCGGACAUGUUGCUCAGACUGCUGAGUACCUUUUACCUUCGAUAACUACUGUUGGUCAAGGUACUAAGUAUCGGUUACCGGUAGCCAGACCUCAUUCAGCGUUAGGUUUGACUUUGUAUCCAAUUGGAUAUGUUUUUCCUUUGUGCAGGUUGUUUUCUAGAGUGUUAAUGCUUUGACCUUCGUGUAUCUUCUUUAUUGCGAGAAUGAAUACAUGAUCUUACGACACUCAUCUUACUUCUUCUCAUAGUGUUUAUUUUUUUUAUGUCUGACCACCCUUUAAACCAACUUUCGAAUGUACAUUGAAGUAAUAGAAGUUCUUCUGAAAACAGCGAGAGCUUCGUGAUCAUAAAGUAUUGAGUACGAAAUUCCUCC